GCUCAGUGUAUCAGUGACACACCUGGGGAGUAGCAGCGAGGUAGCUUGUGUUCUGCUCCUGACACCUCGCGUCUGACAGUUCAAAUGUCCUUGAGCUUCAUACGAGACACGUUCCUGGGGGUGACGACCGCAGCCGUUCUGCCCGUGUUGCGGCUCCUGCUGAUCAACGUCAUAAAUGAAGCUGGCCAAGGAAACUUUGAACUGAGCGGCCCCCUCACUCCCUCCUAUGACUUUAUUAUUGUGGGUGGAGGCACUGCAGGAUGCGUGUUGGCAGGAAGGUUGUCAGAGGUGGCAGGAUGGCGCGUGUUGCUGCUGGAGGCUGGAGGACCGCCACCCCUGGAGACUUACGUCCCAGCCUUCCAACCUUUCGACUUCAUUCCGGGUUACAGCGAGGACUGGGGGUACAGUACCGUCCCUCAGAGGUACAGUUCCAAGAACCUCAUCAUCCAGGCGUCCAGACAGCCCCAAGGGCGGGUACUGGGUGGCGGCUCUACAGUCAAUGCUAUGUAUCACGUGAGAGGUAACAGGCGGGACUUUGACCAGUGGGCGGCCUUGGGGAACCCCGGCUGGGACUACCACUCUGUUCUUCCCUACUUCAUCAAGGCCGAGGACUACCGCGUCUCCCUCCCCCAUACAGAGGCUUACCACGGACGAGGUGGGCCCAUAGGCGUCACCCAGGCACCACUGACGCCCUUCUCCCGGGCCUUCAUACAGAGCGGCCUUGACCUGGGCUACUCCGUCAUCGACUACAACGGGCCAGAACAACUCGGGUUUUCACCAGCAACGUUCUCCACUAAGGACGAGUCAGAUCAUCAACUGCCAGAGGUACUCUACAGCCGGCCUCCUUCAGACCUAACCUCCAUAUCUCUCACAGCACCACCGUCCUACAGAUUGUGUUCGACAACAACAAGAGAGCUGUUGGUGUCAAGUUUGAACAUAAGGGAUCAUUAUCACAUUGUUUAUAAAGUUAUCACAUUAGUGUUGACGGUGGGAGCACGGCGGGAGGUGAUCCUGUCUGCUGGUCCUGUUGAAUCACCCAAACUGCUCAUGCUGUCUGGGGUGGGGCCCAAGGAUCACCUCCACAAACACAAGGUGAAGGUAGUCACAGACCUUCCAGGGGUCGGCCACAACGUACACGACCACACUGAGGUAUUAGGACUCAGCUGGACAACAGUAAAAGGCUCAACUGCAGCCGACUUGCUCCAGACUUACAACCCCAUCUCCCUGCAGCAGUACAAGACUACCAGACAAGGGCCUUUAAGUACAGCACCUUUAAGUUUCACCAAUGCUUGGGUCAAAGUUCUCCAAGAUGGUGAUCCCUACUGGCCGUAUUACAAAUGUUCUUCAAUGGCAUCACUUAGCAAGUUACUGAACUACAUGGGUGACAUAUAUGGCCGAGAUGGCUUCACUAUCAGACCCAUCCUUUUACGACCAAAAAGUCGAGGAAGUAUAACACUCAAGUCCAACAACCCGAAGGAUGCCCCAAAUAUUGACCCCAGGCUUCUCAGUCACCCUGAUGACGUCACAACCCUUGUUGAAGGGAUAAAGUUGGCCUUGAGGCUGGGCAACACCUCAGACUUCGUCAACAACCUCGAUGCAAAGUUUUAUGAUAAGCCCCUGCCAGAGUGUAGAGGUGAGGCGUACGGCAGCGACGCUUACUGGACCUGCUAUGUGCGACACAUGUCCAGUGCCUUCUAUCACCUCUGUGGCGGCUGCAAGAUGGCACCAGCUUCUGACCCGUAUAGUGUGGUCGACAAUAAACUGAAGGUUCGUGGAGUCUUUGGUCUGAGAGUAGUUGGCGCCCCUAUCAUGCCAGCUGUCACCAGUGGCAACACUAAUGUUCCCGUUGUUAUGAUCGCUGAGAAGGCCAGUGACAUCAUCAAGCAAGACUGGAACAGUUAAUCCUGAACGA